UUACACCGAAAAUCAGGCAAAGUGCGAGAUGCAGAUUCGCCAACUGAAGCUAACGCAAUCAGUGUGGAAGAGCAGCUGGAACAAUUCAUUGGGGAAUGGCUGACCGAAGAGCAUCCGAAUUCCACUCUACCAGUCAACAGCGGAAAAGAUAUUAGUUCAAAUACAGGCCCAUUUUGGAAAUCAAACCCGGAAUACGAUAAGAAGCUGAAAUUUAUGGACCUGCCAGCGGAAUCCAGAAAAAACUGCGUUUCUCCUCAGCUGGAGCAGCUGAUUGAAGAAUGGUUGGCCGAACAGGAAGAAACUACAAAUUUGGCCCUACCAAUCAACAAUCUGAAACCAAGCUCAGGCUGGAUAACAAGUGCAGAUUUAGCGAAAUUGCCGUCGGAACAAGUAAUAUGUGAAGCUUCGGAUUCUGGAUCUAUUGAGCUCAUAGAAUUGCAGCCAAAUGCUACGAUGAAGCUACAGUACGCGAAAGGCAAUCAAAACAAAACUGUUGUUUCCCGGAGCGCAUUACUAGCACACACGAUGUUAAGCGAAAUUCGCACCACAGGAGUACGAUUUACCGAUUCCACAAAAUUAUUCGGAAACACUGUAGAAACGGAAAAUUUUUCAUUAGUUCUGCCCACAGUGCAAAAGUUUGGCUUAGCUUCAUAUCCACCCCAUAACUCAGUCAGCAGUGCACUGCCUUCGCAAAAAUCCAUCGAUUAUGAAUAUGGGCUAAAUCCGUUUUCCUUACAAAUCUCUACUGACACUGAAGUUGAAUUAUAUCCAUUUCCUAGGCAGAUUUGCACUAAAUAUGAAGACGGAUCAAAUCCGCUUUCCAGAAAAAACCUGACUGGUGAAGAAAUUGAAGCAAACGCGUUUUCCUUCCAAAUUGCCACCGAGGAUGAAACUGGAUUAAAUGUGGUUCCCUCGCAAAACUACGGCGAAGGUUAUUUUAGAUCAGGGCCAAGUACCCAGAAAAAGUCUGCUGAUGAUCGAACCCAAGCAAAUUUGACCGCUGGGUAUUCGUCCGAUUGCCCUUUUCAAUCAAAGUUAUGUGCAAACUACAUUGAUAACAAUGUACCAGAAACACUUCAGAUUCUCACCUACCGUAAAUUGAUGUCUCCGGAAUCAAAAGACGUGAAAAUUGACGGACUAAGUUUAUCGGGCUCGCAUUAG